CACCCUUCAUAUAGUUUAACAGACGAUAAACAUAUGUCGCGUAACGAUCAAAGAACAGUGGAAAAUGAUUCGCAUAGUAGCGAUGCUGGUAGAUUACGAAAUGACGACAAUUCCACAAAUACAGGUGAGCGAUGGAGACUCAAUCAUGAGGAGAUAGCAUCACGUAUAGACGCUAUGAAUGUACGUGUGGACACCGAUUUAUCACUCGCAGAGAUAGUGGAUAAUAUCACAAGGGCUAUUUCCGUUGACGUUCACCCCUCAUCAUCAACACAAGACUCUACGAUAAACUACCCGGAGGUAAGCAGAAGCGGCUCCCUCCCUGGUAUGACUUCGAGCUCGCAUCGAAUGCUCCAAAAUCCUGUGUUACAUAUGGUUGAUAACUCUUUCAGCGUGCAAAAUUCCUCAAGAACUUUAGCAAGAAAUUACUCAGGACCACGAAUCAAUGAACACCACUCACGAGCCCCUGUAGUACUGGUUGGCUCGAUGGGCAGUGGGAAUUUGUACCACGAGAGUAGUCACAGUUCGAUAUCCACCGGGGUUGUUAGUUCUGGGGCACUGACUACACCAUCAUCGGAUAUGAUGGCAACCCUAUCCACUGCCGGAAACAACAACUAUCACCAACCAACGACGGCAUAUAAUCACCCUCUUUAUGUUGGUAGAACGGAUUCUAUUUUUGACUCUCAACUAGCAAGAGUUCGGCCUAGCAUGCCGAACUUGACAACUCAAAGUCAACAAACGCCCUCGUCACCUGAUCGGCCUCAUCCAUCAGUGCUACGUCAGUCGCAUACGCAGCCUUCUCAACAACAAAAACACAAUACACCCGGCCAGCGACCUGCUUCGGUACACUUCCGACCAAUGAAACAAGAAGAAAACUUUGGUGGCUUAUGUGGUCGAAACGAGACACGGCUGCAAAGACGAUAUCAAUCCGAAGACGAUUUUAGCUUCGAACAUCGCUACAACCAGCAAUCUAAACUGCUCGCAGACGAUCUUGAUCUAAUGCUUCGCGCUGAAGAAGACAAUGGUCCUCAAUUCAAUCUGCAUGGUUCUAAAAUUGGCGCUAACAAGAGGACCACAAACUCGGAGUUGGUGCAAAUGAAAAGGUGGGGUUCUGCGAAUGGUGUUGAUAUUCGCAGGGAUUAUCCGGAUUCGCAGAGAGCUACGCGAAGGCGACCUUGUCAACUAGAUCGACCUUAUGUUUGUCCGAGUGAAGGGUGCCCGUAUAGAUACGAAUGGUGGCGGUCUCUACAACACCAUCUGGCAAAAAAACAUAACUUGCGCAAGAAAAAAUCUGAUUACCCGCAAUUUGUUGAUCUUCCUACAAGAUAGAAGUCUGCUUCUUCGCCUGAUGAGUAUCUUGCUGCAAUCUUUGGUAGCUCUUGAGAGUACCAGAUGUUUUGCCGCUACACAACCGCAGUCGGAAUGCGCUGACGAAACAAAAAGCAAUGCGGUUCGUAUACCAGGAUUGAGACAUUAAUCUUAUUUUCUUUCAAGCCUCGCAAAAUCAUGCUAAACCUGUCUAGGUGGUUCAUAAUAAAGGAUUCGUCGUUCCAGUCGAA